AUGCUGCCGGUAUCGAUGGCCGUGCGAAAGCGCAGCGAAUGUGGAACGGCGCGAAAGGCUGCCGCGGCUACACAAGCAGACGACGACAACGAAAACAAAAUGACAGCAACGCCGGCUGCCGCCGUGGCGCGGCGCAGCGAGCGUCAGGGCUCUCGUGCUGCGGCAGCAGCCAGCAGCAGCGAAGCAGGUGGCACCGGCGGAAACAUGGCGGCACCGGACACAACGGUGGGGUCGCCGCCUCCCCAAGAUUCGGAAGACGCCCGCCUCCGGGUCUCGAAAAUUCUCGCCGAAGACGUCGACGCCGCAGACCUCCACUGGUCUCUGUUCGUGGCCGCGCUGCGCUCGUACCGCUACGACACCGUGCUGCGACCUUUCCCAACGUCGUUCGCUGAUCAAGCGACAGACACGAAGCGCAUCGACGAGCUUCGCGACGUGGCUUCCAGAGUUCCGCCGCUCGGCGCCCUGUUGACCGCCGGCUGUGAUGGCGCCAAGUCAUCAGCAGGCACCGCCGCGAGAGUUCCUCGGGAGUCCUGGGAGCUGCUACUCUGGGUCCUCACGUGCGGCGGCGUCCGUCUCAGGUCUCGAAAGAAGGAGGACGUGCCCGAACUGAUCGGUGACUCGGCCGUCGACGCCGUCUUCGAGGUCGAGCACAGCCCGCAGGUCGACCGGCGCUUCGAGGGCGCCCGCGGAGACCGCGAAGUCUUCUUCGCCUACCACGGCUCGCGGUUGGACAACUUCUACUCAAUCCUGCACAACGGCCUGCUGGCCCACAUGAACAAGAACUCGUUGUACGGCACCGGUACGUACCUGUCGAGCGAGCUGAGCGUCUCGGCCACCUUCAGUCCGGCAGGGUACGGCUGGCAGCACUCGCGGGUCAGUCCCGAGCUCUCCUGCGUGGCCAUGUGCGAGGUGGUCGACCAUCCGGACGUCAAGUGCCAGGACAGGUGCAGGAGCAAGUCCUCCAGGGCCUACGCCGAGGACUCGAUGGGAGGCAAGGUUCCGGAGAAGUACUACCUCGUGCAGAACAACUCCGCGGUGCGCGUCAAGUACCUGCUGGUGUACACGGCGGUUCGGCCGCCGCCCACGCCGCCCACGCCGGACGUCUUGCCGGCCGGCACGGCGAGGCCCGGGAACGGGCCCUGCUACUCGCCGAGUUGGCACGACUUCCUGUGCAAGAACAAGUCGUGGCUUAUGGUUGCCGCAUACGCGGCGCUUCUGUGCGGCAUCGGGCUGUCAAGUUCGCGCGUGGGUCACAAGCUCAUGGUGAAGCUGUUCUACUAGUGACGAAAGCUCGGCGCCGGUCGGCCUGUCCGGCUCUUGUCUUUGACACGGACUAAAGAAUGGUUAACAUGUUAAAUUGGUGGGCGUCCGCAGGUGUAACCUCACGCCUAAAAGAGAACGCAAGGAUCGAUGUUCCCACAGAAGGUAAACGGGAAAGCGAGAACAGGAAGAAAUUGGCCUUGGAGGCCGAUACCGGACCUCCGAUGACUACUAUGAUUUUUUUUUUUACUUGCAACACUAGUCGACAAUUUUCAUAAGAAAGACACUUUAAGAAUUUUCAUCAGUGUGAAAAAUGUGUGACAGGGUGUGGUGCUAAAAGUGCCUUUUUUAUACAAAUUAAGGUGCCAUCUGCCACUGACGUGGUAUCGUGGCAGCUGUCCUUACGUCGUGUCCGCUCUAUCCAGCUCGUGAAGUGCCUUAUCGAGUGGCCUGUGGGCUUAUUAGCCGCCGUUUGUUAAAACAGGGUGUCCUUUUUUUUUCUAUUACUGUGUGCUGUCAUCUUGCUCAAAAUAAGGUGCACAUGUAGCUGUCGA